CACUCACUAUAUAUUACCUAUAAAUCUUGCUCUUUCCUUUCCCCCAUUUCUAACCAUCUUUUUCCUUUGCUUUGAAGAAAGAAUUCUGACGACAUGGGUCGAGCUCCUUGCUGUGACAAAGCCAACGUGAAAAAAGGACCAUGGUCACCAGAAGAAGAUGCUAAGCUCAAGGCUUAUAUCCAACAGUAUGGUACUGGAGGCAAUUGGAUUGCACUUCCUCAGAAAAUUGGCCUUAAGAGAUGUGGGAAGAGUUGCAGGCUGAGAUGGCUGAAUUAUUUGAGGCCAAACAUCAAGCAUGGUGGAUUCUCUAAAGAAGAAGACAACAUCAUCUGCAGUCUCUAUAUAAGUAUUGGAAGCAGGUGGUCCAUAAUAGCAGCACAGCUGCCUGGGAGAACUGAUAAUGACAUCAAAAACUACUGGAACACCAAAUUAAAGAAGAAACUACUUGGGAGGCGCAAGCAAUAUAACAACAACAUCAAUAGGUUGUCGUCCUCAAAUCAAGACCUUAAUGAUCAUCAGUCCACUGGUUUAGCCUCGGAUGAUAAUCAAUUCUGUCGGGGUUUGAGCAACUCAGCCUUGGAACGACUCCAGCUUCAUAUGCAACUUCAAAGUCUUCAGAAUCCUUUCUCUUUCUAUAACAAUCCGGCUUUAUGGCCUACGAAUAUUCAACCCUUGCAGGACAAGGUGAUCCAAAGCAUGCAGGCAGCCUCCACUGGAAACCCUAACCUUCUUAUGCAAUCUCUCUUGCCAAACCCUCAACCUGGAAAUGAACAAAGUGUCGAUGAUCUCUAUGACCAACCUGCACAGCAAGAUUAUCCUGAAAAUUUCAAAGCCAAGGGACUUGAAGCAUUAAUGGAUAAUUCUUUGGAUGGAAUAUCUCCAUCAGAUGGCUCAGUUCUCUUUGGAACUGGAAAUGAUGGCGAUGCUCAACCAGUUUCGAACUUCCAUGGGCAGGUGGACGAGUUUAUCAACGAUAAAACGGCCGGUUAUGCCCAAAUGGCUGAUCUGGAUUGUUUCAAGGAGAUGAAUGGUGCAAAAGACAGCUUGAUUUGGUGCCCGACUGAGUUCGAUGCAAAAUCAGCAUCUUCCAACUCAUUGGAUUCAACUUCUGUUCUUCAAUCCGAUGGGGUGUUUCAGGAUUAUGAAUUAGGUUACCCUAUGUAGCUAGGUUAGAGACAAUGAUA